AUGAAUCCCAGGUAUCAAGAUACACAGCCAACUGCAGAAGCCUUGGAUUGGGCCGAGCUUGUAACACUCGAUCUGUCACUUCUGGAGCAGCCAAACGGCCUGGAGAAGCUGGCAAAAGAGUUAGAAUAUGCAGCCAAUCACGUCGGGUUCUUUUACGUCCAGUCCUUAGACAUCUCUAAGGAAGAAGUGGACCGCCAGUUUGAAAUUGCCCAAGACUUUUUUAGUCUACCCUUGGAGGAGCGACUUCAAUAUUUUGAUCGCGAGAAGUACAUGAGUGGUCAGAAUAUUGGAUAUCGCCCCAUCACCUGGAGACCACCGCUGGAUGGAGUGUACGAUAAUACCCAGAUCUACAGCAUCCCCGCAUUUGAUGGACACCAUAUCCACCACCAUCCAGAUGUGGUUGCCCGGUGUCUGGAAGAGAUUCAACAGUUUCAAGUGAAAUGCGACAAAAUUAUCCAACAGCUUCUUCAGAUACUGGAACAUGUCCUAGAGCUCCCGCCAUUCGCGCUGCGCAAGAAGAUCCGAGCCAAUGCCUCUAGCGAGCAGCAACUGCGCUACAUGCAUUAUACGGCGCGCAACCCGGAAGAAAAUGAAAAAAUGGGCCACAUCUAUGCAGGGGGACACACAGACCUGGGAGUCUUGACCCUGCUCUUCAGGCAACCUGUCGCAGGGUUGCAGAUCCAAAACGCGGAGGGUGAAUGGCGAUGGGUGCAGCCAAGAGACGACGCAUUGACCGUCAACAUAUGUGAUGCCCUGUCGAUGAUUUCCUGUCAGCAUCUGAAGUCUACCAUUCAUCGAGUGCACGCCCCGCCGGCCGACCAGCGCCAUUUGGACCGCAUUGGAGUUCUUUAUUUUGGACGAUUCAGCAAUGACGAGUAUCUAGAUCCAUUGGCUGAUAGUGGUGUCCUUCGGAGGGCGGGGAACCUACAGACUGAGCUGUCCAAAAAUGGCAUUCGCAUGACUAUGGGGGAGUAUGCAGCAGCGCGUGGCGCUCAACAUUCGCGUCGCAAACAGCCAUUGGCUGUCGGUAAGGAUGGCCGCUAUGAGUGGGACCAAAAGGACCUGGCUGUAACAUCAACCUUAUCGGUGCAGUACUACAAUUAA